AUGCGAUUAGACGGCCUAGCAGCUGAUGACUCGGAGGAAAGUGGGAGGAAUGAUGUUGACGGGUCUGUGUUCUUCGGUGAUGCCGACAAUGGCUACUGUUUUUCUCUCACGUUUAGAUUGCGAGAUUCCAAAGCUCGGGGCUUCCUCCGAUUAUAUUCUUUUAUUGUCGUUAGCAAUGACAUGACAUACAUUAUUCAAAAUCAUGAAUUUUUCCUGCAAGCGCUCACAGCAAUGAAGGAAAAGUUACAGAUUGCAAUUCUUACAGCAUUAGUCGAAGUGUGA